ACAUUUUAGUUGGACCUGACAACCCUGACAAUUUUCCUGUUUGACCGCUAGCGUAUUACAACUCAUACUGUGGUACUCUAUUCGCCUGAACAGGACAACUUUGUGUCCGUUUAAGGUUUUAAAACGUAUUACUUACAUUUUUGUCAUUUAUACAGAGGAGAAAAAACUGUCAUAUUUAUGACACGUAGCAAUGAUAUGUUUUUAUAAAAGAAAAACAUAAUUGAAUGGUCCUUCAACUGACGGCGCCAUAUUUAAUACAUCGCAGUUUAUGAUGAUAGCUAGCAAGUAAACUACCUGUCUGCAAUCGUAAACUUUAGAUUUUUAUCUUAAAGCAAGCCAUCAAACUACAUCGAAAUGAACGUCAUAGAUCAUGUGAGGGAUAUGGCCGCCGCGGGACUUCACUCAAACGUUCGGAUAAUUAGUAGUUUACUGCUGACAAUGAGCAAUAACAAUCCAGAACUGUUCUCACCAUCCCAGAAGUACCAGCUGCUGGUUUAUCAUGCAGAUGCCAUCUUCCAUGACAAGGAGUACCGUAAUGCUGCUUGCAAGUACAACAUGGCACUGCAGCAGAAGAAAGUGCUCAGCAAAACUUCUAAAGUGCGGCCAUCUACCGGGGGAACUGCAUCCUCCUUGCAGUCACAGAGUUUUCCCUCAGAGAUUGAGGUCAAGUAUAAGAUUGCAGAGUGCUACACCAUCCUGAAGCUGGAUAAGGAUGCAAUUGCAGUGCUUGAUGGGAUUCCAUCUAGACAGAGAACCCCAAAGAUCAACAUGAUGCUGGCUAAUCUGUACAGGAAGGCUGGACACGAACGCUCUGCUGUCACAAGCUACAAAGAGGUCCUGAGACAGUGUCCCUUGGCACUGGAUGCCAUCAUUGGUCUCCUGUCUCUGUCAGUGAAGGGAGCUGAGGUGGCGUCCAUGACUAUGGAUGUGAUCCAGAGUCUUCCCAACCUGGAGUGGCUCUCUGUGUGGAUCAAAUCCUAUGCCUUCAUACAUGCAGGGGACAACCACAGAGCAAUCAACUCCAUCCGCUCCCUGGAGAAGAAGUCUCUAAUGCGUGACAAUGCGGACCUGCUGGUGAGCCUGGCAGAUGUGUACUUCAGGGCAGGCGACACAAAGAACUCCAUCCUGAAGUUUGAGCAGGCCCAGAUGCUGGACCCUUAUCUGAUCAAAGGCAUGGAUGUAUAUGGCUACCUUAUGGCACGUGAGGGGCACCUGGAGGAUGUUGAGGUCCUGGGAGGAAGGCUGUUCAACAUCUCAGACCAGCAUGCAGAGCCCUGGGUCAUAUCUGGAUGUCACAGCUUCUACAGUAAGCGCUACUCCCGGGCCCUCUACCUGGGUGCCAAGGCCAUCCAGCUGAACAGCAACAGUGUGCAAGCCCUCCUCCUGAAAGGGGCAGCACUGAGGAACAUGGGCCGAGUGCAGGAGGCCAUCAUCCACUUCAGAGAGGCCAUGCGCCUGGCGCCCUGCCGUCUGGACUGCUAUGAAGGUCUGAUUGACUGUUACCUGGCAUCCAAUGGGAUCCGAGAGGCAAUGGGGAUGGCCAAUAACAUCUAUAAGACCCUGGGAGCGAAUGCCCAGACUCUGACCAUCCUGGCUACAGUCUGCCUGGAGGACCCUGUGACCCAGGAGAAGGCCAAAACCCUGCUGGACAAGGCGCUAGCCCAGAGGCCUGACUACACCAAGGCUGUGGUCAAGAAGGCAGAGCUGCUAAGUCGGGAACAGAAAUACGAGGAAGGGAUUGCUCUUCUCCGGAAUGCCUUGGCCAAUCAGAGCGACUGUGUGCUGCACAGGAUGCUGGGGGAUUUCUUGGUGGCGGUCAAUGAUUACCAAGAGGCUAUGGACCAAUACAGCAUAGCACUUAGCCUGGACCCGAAUGACCAGAAGUCUCUGGAAGGAAUGCAGAAGAUGGAGAAGGAGGAGAGCCCUGCUGAUGCCACUGUGGAGCUGGAUGGAGAUGACAUGGAGGGCAGUGGGGAGGAUGGAGAGCUGGAAGGCAGUGACAGUGAGGCAGCCCAGUGGGCAGACCAGGAGCAGUGGUUUGGCAUGCAGUGACCCAGGCCCACUGCAGAGACACAGCAGGGGGCUGGGGGAAUAUGCCACACAUGGGCAUCAUGGGUUCCUGAUAUAAUGCUCCGGUGGACUCUAUAUGGGUGUAUACAAGAUACAAGUGUAUAAAGCCCCAUCUCAGGGUUAUAGACGUCAUCAUAGCAGCCACUGAGGUUUGGGGAGGAUGCAUUUUACAACCCAGCAGCCCAAAAUUAUAACCUGCCAUUCCACGUCUCCUUCCCUUUGCGAUCACUGAUUAGUUGGUAGGUGAAAAUGAAUGUUACUAACCUAUUUCAUACCCAUCAGGGGUCCAAGAGUAAAGGAGAUGAGGCUAUUUAGGAUUGUUGGGCCAUGGCCCCGGAGUUUCCUUGUUUGUUGGGUUAACACAAGAUAAUCUGAAGCCAGUAAAUCAUUGAAAUUGUUUUUUUCUGUUUGUAAUAUUUGCAUGUAAAUAACACAUAUUGGUGUGAAACUGGUGACAUACUUUCCCUUCUGAAUAAUCAGGUAAUUUAAGACCCGUCUCAAUGUUGUGUGUCAAUCAUGGGGUCAUUUAAUUUGACACAUUCUUUGCAAAGUAAUGUUAGUUUUCCACUGCAGAUGUUUAACCAUGUGGUGUGUGUGUGUAGGAGAUAUAAAAUCAUGACGUCUGGUCUCA